AUGAAAUUGCCUCCUCUAGUUGAAAAUUAUUCCUCCGAAUCUUUUGCGGUACCUAGAAAACCUACUCUUUCUAAAAUAGAUACAUUGUCACGGCAUCAAAAAUCGACUUCUGGUUAUGUUGGCACCGCAGGUCCUGGUCGACGUAUUGGAAACUGGAUCAUCAAACGCACCAUUGGCUCUGGAAGUAUGGGAAAAGUGAAACUUGCUAUCCAUACUAUCACUGGUGAAAAGGCUGCUAUGAAGAUGAUUCCAAUCACUCCUGCCAACACGAAGCAAACUGUACGCAUACAACGCGAAGCAUUGCUGGGGCGCGUUUUACGACACCCAAAUAUCUGUCCUGUCGUCGAAACUAUAAAAACUCCAACCUGCACCUACAUUUUGUUUGAAUACAUUGGCGGUGGCCAGCUUUUAGAAUAUAUUUUGGCAAAUGGGCGGUUGGACGAAGGUAUUGCUCGUUUAUUUAUGAUUCAACUUUUGGAUGCUUUGCGGUACCUCCAUCAAAAUCUUAUUGUCCACCGAGAUUUAAAAAUUGAAAAUAUCCUGCUUACCGAAGACUUGCGUCAAGUAAAGCUUAUCGAUUUUGGUCUAAGCAACUUUUACAGUCAGACUGAUUUGCUACAAACCUAUUGUGGUAGUCUGUACUUUGCAGCUCCAGAGCUUUUGGACGCUGUCCCAUACACUGGCCCUGAAGUGGAUGUUUGGAGCUUAGGUGUGGUUUUGUACGUUAUGGUUUGUGGUCGUGUCCCUUUUGACGAUGUUUCCGUUCCCAUGCUUCAUUCGAAAAUCAAAUCUGGUAAAAUUGAGUUUCCCUCUUACCUUUCCAGCGAAUGUCGUGUUCUAAUGAGUGCUAUGUUAAAUGUGGAUCCAAAAAAACGAAUACCUUUAGAGCAAACCAGCCGAUUUCCGUGGUUUAAACAAUCAUCCUUUUGUAAUUAUUUAUCUCCUUUGAUGUCUUCAAGUUUCCCAGGAAUAUCUUCCAUCCGUUCCUCCAUGCUUAAACCUCCGUUUAACAUAAAGGUUUUGCAAUUGCUCCAUGAUCACGGAUUUUCGAGCAUUCCUGAACUUAAGCACGAGCUUUUCAUGGCAUACACAGAGAGAAAAACCACCCCUUUGGUGUGCUUGUACAUUUUAGGUAUAGAAAGCUUCGCCCCUACCUUACAAAUACCCAAAGCCCUUCCACCAGUUCAUAGCAGGUAUUAA